CAGGCCUUGGUGGAGUCCACAGCGGACCAGUCCCUUCAGCUCCUGGGCGCCAUGGCUCUGCCGCUGAGGACCCUGAGCCGGGGCUUGGCCAGUGCAGCCAAGGGCGAGCACGGAGGGGCUGGAGCUGGCACCUGGCGCCUGCUGACCUUCGUGCUGGCGCUGCCCAGCGUGGCCCUGUGCACCCUCAACUGCUGGCUCCACGCGGGCCACCGUGAGCGCCCCGAGUUCAUCCCCUACCACCACCUGCGCAUCCGCACCAAGCCCUACUCCUGGGGGGACGGCAACCACACGCUCUUCCACAACCCCCACUGCAAUCCGCUGCCCACGGGCUAUGAGCAUCCCUGAACAUGGCGGUGGGCCAGGCCAAUAAAGGCGCAGAAGCU